GUAGCACAAUGACACUUGAUUUCUUGAAGAAAUAUAUAUAUUUAGAGUGUUUAAACAUAUUAAUUGUGUGUUUUAAAGGUUAAUCUGGAAUGAUGGCCAAACUUUUUGUUGUGGCUUUAUUAUUCUCAGCAGUAGCUGCACGACCUGAUCCAUGGAGGCAGUGGCAGCAAGGAAGCCCUCCAUUAUCCCCCUUAGGUGGGCCUCCUGAAAACACUAACAUGCCCCCGAAGAGGCCCAAUGACAGAGGAGGAGCUCUACCACAAUUUUGGGGUCAACCAAUGGGUGGAGGGAAAGAAAGCCAAGAACCAAUGGGCGCAGGACCUUUGUGGCCAUGGUGGGAUGUGAGGAAACCUGGCAAUCCAACAUGGCCUAAAGAGAUACCCCCCUGGCUCCCAGAGAGGCCCACAGCAGGACCAGGGAAUGGAGCCGCCCAGCCGCCCAGCAGCCCACAGCCUGGAGGACCCCCUUUAAUCCCUGAAAGAGGGGACAGACUGGGACCUGGUUUGGGGUACAAGCCUGAGGGCGCAAGGGCCUACCCUGGCCAGGAGCCCCAGCGUGGGCAGCGAGGCCGACCUGGGAAGCCUGGAGGACCCAGGGGAGGAGCACGACAGCCAGACACACGGGACCGAAACAGAAGGCCUGGACCGAUGCUUCCAUACCCUGGAGCUGGCAACAUCCUUAUUGGAGGGAAGCCCCUGAUGCCUGAGAUUGUGGGCAAUAGGGAGUUCUUCCCUUUCCUGAAGGCGGAUAAUGUGAUUUUCCAGAAUGUGUCUGACCUUCCCCUGAAAGAGGGGGAAAAUCUUUUCCUGCUGCCACUGGACACGACAAGACCACCUCCACCAAUGGUUGAUCCCAACGCACCUCAGAGGCAAUUGUUUGGAAAUCCUUCCUAUAAUCUUCAACCCUAUCUGAAGCUCAUUUACAAUCCCACUGCAACGCGUAAAAUUUCUUUUGAAUAUGGAUUAACAACACUGCUUCCAUUUGGCUAAGAUAAGACAUGAGCCAACAGAAACCCAGAAUGGAAGAUGUGGCUAUCGUUCUGAAGACCACCGUUCAUCAAUUUCAUUUGUUAUCUAAUAAAUUAUAUAUCUAACUAUCAUACUUGCAAACCACAAACUCAAGUUGAAGCCUUUAGGCUUUUGGUUUGAUCUCUUUUUCUAUCUUUCUUGUGUAGCAAUCUUUUUAUACUUCAUCAUAUAUUACCUGUAUAUCAUAUUGUACAUUCAUAUAAGUAAUGAUGAAGUAAAACACUGUAAC